UGGCAUGUUGUUGCCAUGGUAUCUGACUGCAAAGUCUUCCUGGGCGAGAAGGACCACAUGCUGAUAUCCACCAGAACUGUCAAUGCCUCUGUAGAGGGUGACCUCAGCGUCCACAUGGAGUUCCCGGGGGCAGAAGGCUGUACCCGGGCUGAUGCUGAGUACCUGCGGGUGGGCUCCCAGGGACACUUUCGAGUUCCAGCCUUGGGCUACCUGGACGUGCGCAUUGCCGACACAGAUUACUCCUCUUAUGCGGUGCUGUACAUCUACAAGGAGCUGGAGGGCGUGCUCAGCACCGUGGUGCAGCUCUACAGCAGGACCCAAGACCUGCAUCCCCAGGCCCUGAAGGCCUUCCGAGAUUUCUACCCAACGGUGGGGCUCCUGGAUGACAUGAUGGUCGUGCUGCCCAAGUCAGAUGUGUGCUCUCCCGGGCAAGGAGGCACUUCCGCACCCCCAGUGACCAGUGCCAUCUCUUCUCAGACUACGAGCAGGGAUGAACCUGGAGCAGCCAACCUCACCACCUCAGGAGCCAAGUGAGGCCCCCAGCCCUUGGGGACCACCCUGGGCCCUCCACCC